AAUGCGCAGACAGCUGCACAUCUGUACUGCCAGUGCCAGCCUGAAGAGCCCGCAUGUGGACAGCCAUCUCACUCCUCACGCGGACACCUUGGAUAUAAUGGAGAAUACACAUCAUUGCCCUAAUUUUUUAUUAGAAUACAUUGGGGAUAUGAAAACAUCGCGUAAAUCUUCAUGAUCAUACAUGUUGCUCUGGUGGAUGUUACGAACGUUAUUUAUUACAUUUUCUCUCAUGAAAAAGGUCAAAAGUAACAGUUAACGGUCUCCCUAACGCGAGUUUUCUGUACGUUUCCCUGCGCCUCGGCUUUGGCGAACUGGUCCACUCCCUGCUUCGGGAAAGCCGAUGUCUUCAUUUGACUCCUUGCAGUUGGUGAUGGUGGAUCUAUCUCGGAUAUCCAAUGUGGAAACCAGAAUCCAAUUAGUUUGCGACUGAGCGCCUGGAGAGAGAGCGCAGCGGCACUUUGCCCAGCCAGUCACUCCAGCGCGUAGCCUACCUGUGGGCAGACACAUGGUUGGCUGCUCUGUAUACGAGAAGCCACUCAUCAAGCCUUGUUGCAUUCAUUUUCAGGGUCAUUUUUACAUUGUAAAUUACAUUAAACGCAUCGGAUGAACGCAUCGGAUAUAUGUGAUCAGAUACAAUUUUACAGUCUGAAUAUAUCCUUUGGAUACAACUAGGGCUGCUUCUGACGCACCACGGAACGUUAAAUGCAUCGCUGUGUGUUGGAUUUUAAUACUGAUACCAAUUGCAGGUCUGCAAGGGCCAGAUUUAAGAUUCCUUCAUAGGAACUGAGUCUAAGAUGAAGUUAUGGGAUGUUUUGGCCACGUGUUUGUUGCUCCUGAGCUCCGUCUCCACACGCCCCCUUUACCAAAACCUUCAGCCUGCCAAAAGAGCUCACUACUCAGAUUGGCAUAGUGAUUCUCUGUCCCCAUCUGUGGAGGAACCAGAGCCAGAGUUCCAGUCGGAGUCUCACAGCCUGCAAGAGAUUUCCAUGGAAGAAAAAUAUGACAUCACAGGCCCAUAUCCGGACCAGUUUGAGGAUGUAAUGGAUUUUAUCAAGGCUACCAUUGGCAGACUGAGAAGAUCAUCAGAGCCCGCCGGCGGCUCAAGGGGAAGGAGGGAGCAGAGAGAGCAGGGGAGACAGAGAGGAGCAGCAAACAUAGACCGAAGAGGGGGGGGGAGAGGAGUGGGGAGAGGAGGGCGUGGGGAGAAGAAGGGUCGGGGGCGAGGGGGCAAAGGGAGGAGCAGUGAUAGAGCGGAGCAGCGGAUGAAGCCGGUUGAAGGCCGAGGCUGCUUGCUAAAAGAGGUCCAUCUCAACGUCACAGACUUAGGGUUGGGCUACCGGACCAAAGAGGAGCUGAUCUUCCGGUACUGCAGCGGCCCUUGUUCAGAUGCAGAGACCAACUAUGACAAGAUCCUCAACAACCUCACCCACAACAAGAAGCUGGUCAAGGACACACCCUCCCGCACCUGCUGUCGACCAAUCACGUUUGACGAUGAUCUGUCAUUCCUGGAUGACAACAACGAGGACUACCACAUUCUGCGGAAGCAUUCCGCCCGCAAAUGUGGCUGUGUCUGACUCUGGGAGAGACGAAUGAAAGAAAGGCUGACAGACAGACAGAAAGGAGAAGCAGUAACAUAAAGCCUCUCAGAGGCUGGUACUGCCUCUUGGAAUGAAGGAACACAUGGGAAAAGAAGGGAACAUGAGACGGAUACAGUCCACUCCAGUGGUGUCUUAGGAACCAUGGACAGUAUUAGCAUGUCCUGUGUCCCACUCCUGAGAGGCUGCUGUGGGGUGAACAGGGAUGGUGUGGUCCCCAAACCUCCAGUAAUUAGGCUGAUUUAGAGCCCAGAUCAGGUCACAGUGGAGAAGGGACUCCUCUAUGCUAUAAUUACAUAGAAUUUUAAUUACUUAGAAAUUCAGCGUAACGGUCUUUAAAAGAGACGUUGUCAAUUCAGCUCAGCAUUCACUUCAUGAUUGGAUCACGUUCUUGGACGCCUACAGGGGAUACGCUCUCAUUUCCCUGUGGAACCAUGCUGUUACACUCACAGGCUUGCCUGCAAUGGAGCUGCUGAGACGGAAUCAGAGGAAUUCAGGAUAUUGUUCCUCAAAAACGUCUGUUUUUCCGUAGUCAGAUCAUGAGGCAUACAGUGAGAGCAGAACUCUUCUUGACAAGUAUUUCCAGCUGCAGUCCAGAGUGUUCUGGUUUCACUGCACAGACUGGAGCUUAACGUUUACAUUCACAAUGAACGAGGGAACCUGUUGACUGGUUUAGUCCUAUAGCAAAGAGACAGUCUGGUACGACACAUCGAUGUAAAAUCCAAUAUAUUUACAAUUUAUAUAUAUAUAAAUAUAUAUAUAUAUACACACAAGAUGUAUUUAUUAAGAUUGAAUUAACUUAUUGUUAUUUAUUGCAGUCCAUUUUAUGAAAGAAAUGUUUGUUUUUCUUAUUUAUUUGAGCUCUGUUUUGUCCCGGAUGGUACCAAAGUGGAGCAUGUGUUUUCUAGGUAGAAUCAGAUUGUGCUGAAACAACCAGAUUCAAGGUGCAGCCAUAACUAAUCAAACUCAUCCUUCAGUUUCAAAAUGCUGUACAAAGUCUGUAAUCCAUGGUAGUUAAUCCUAAACCCACUGCCGAUUCCAAAACAUCAUAGAUUUAUGAGAAUAACAGAAGCUAUCGAUUUAGAGAGGGGGCGCAGAAAGGAAGAGACAGGGUGGAGUGGACCAAUUCCAACCUUUUUCAAAACUUACAAAUCUUAUCUCUGCUUUCGAUCCUUUUGAAUGAUGCCAGGUUUGAGCGUCUUUGACAGUGUUCCUCAUUUGUCACUAAUGGAAAGCAGAGAGGGCUGAGCAGCCUGGGACGUUAAGGGGCUGAGGGCUUGGGAGACACCAGUCAGCUGCUCCUCACGCUAACCAAGUAGAUGGGUAAACAAGACUACUGCCAAAAUCAUGGCACGCCAUUAUCGGUUUACAAAGGAACAUACAAAGCCUGCAUUCAUUGUUUAUUUUCUAGGCAUAAAGUCGUACUGCCAGUGGUUAUCCCGGAGAGCUGUGUAGCUUUCUUUACAAUGAUACUCUCCACAUUAUUUCAAGACAUCCUCUUUUUUUAUAGACAGAAUAACAAAAUGACCUCAUUGCUAGAGAAGUGGUGCAGGACAGGUUGGAUAUGGCCAGCCUUCAGGCCCACUGCUUUCAAUUCACUUACAUUCUCUUUCUAUCACACCAUUUGCAAAGUAAUGUGUUACUAAACUUUUUACAAAAUGCUACAUAAAAGCUAGCCAGGAGUGAUGGUAGCACAGAAAAUCUCUGAUAUCAUAGAAGCAGUCAGUAAAAACCUUGACGCUAGACUGUGGAAAAGGGACCCACUGUCCUUUGGCCAUCACAGUGCAGUGCAGAAGUUGAUGGUAUGCAUGUACACUUGGCUGCCAGGGUCUGUUACCCUCAACCCUUCAGCCUGGUCCUGGCUCUACACCAAGUCUGGGCAAAAACUUCGUAGUGGUUACUGUCCCAGUAGGCUUUAGCGUUCUUGGGAGUGUCUCUGUCUCUAUGGUCUCUGCUUUUUCUUACUGAUCUGGGGUUUGUUUGAAAACAAUCCUCUAACAUGCAGCUUAGCCCACUACUCCCACUGGAACACCAGUGCUUAAGACCAUUUAAGGGCGAUCUAGGCUCUGCCUCUCUUAGCCAAAUCGACAUGCACUCCCCUACAAAUUUAUUUGGACAGUGAAGCUUAAACUUUUCAUUUGGGUCUAUACUCCAGCAUUUUCACUUUGAGAUCAAAUACUUCAUAUGAGGUGACAGUACAGAAUGUCACCUUUUAUUUUAGGGUAUUUUCCAACAUUCUGUUUAUCCGUUUAAAAAUGUAAGCUCUGUGUAUCUCGUCCUACCAUUUGAAGGUGUCAUAAAUAUUUGUACAGAAUCACACACGUGUAUUAAAGUGGUCAGAAAUGUUGUAUUUGGUCCCAUAUUCCUAGCACACAAUGAUAAAGUUAGAGAUACGAAGGUCAUACCUCCAAGACAUGCUAACCUCUCAUCUUUACCAACAGGGGAGGUUAACAUUUUUUUUGGGGGGGUAUGAUAUUUAUGUCUAACUUUCUCACUCAUCAUUAUUCACGAUUCAUUCAUGAUUAUCCGUAAUCAUUGCUAGGAACCACAUUAAUGCAGAAGUGUUCCCGAAACACAUUAUAUUCUUAUUUACAAUAAAAGUGACUCCAAAAUUCCACAAUACAUGAUUUACUAUUGGGAAAAACAUCAUCCGUAACAUAACCAAAACAAACUGCAAAUGCAUCCAACAACUUUGUAGAGUCACAGGUUUGAUAGGAAUGUGGGAACAAAUACUACACUUUUGACUACUUUAAUACACUACAAGUGAAAAUAUACAGUAUAUCACAGGGGUGUACUCACUUUUGUUGCCAGCGGUUUAGACAUUAAUGGCUGUGUGUUGAGUUAUUUUGAGGGGACAGCAAAUUUACACUGUUAUACAAGCCGUACACUCACUACUUUACAUUGUAGCAAAGUGUCAUUUCUUCAGUGUUGUCACAUGAAAAGAUAUACUCAAAUAUUUACAAAAAUGUGAGGGAUGUACUCACUUUUGUGAUAUACUGUAUAUCUUCAAGUGUGGGGAGGGGGGGGACUACUUACAAAGUAAUUUCAUUUCUAAAUGGUAAAACAGAUAUGUAUGAAUAUACCCUCAAAUAAAAGGUGACAUUUUGCACUCUCACCUCAUCUGAAACAUUUGAUCUCAAAUCCCAAAUGCUGGAGUAUAGGGACAAAUGUACAGAUUAUUUAGAUUCACUGUCCAAAUAAAUACGUAAGGAAGUGUGCGUCUUAAGACCAGACAGUACAACAAAAAGACAGACAGACAGUGUUUGUGACAUCACUGAAGGGGAGAGAGGGGACCACUGGGUAACCAGGCAUUCAGUGUGAGCAUUAUACAGCAUACAGUAUACACUCACCCAAAACAACUACUAAACAGAAGGGAACACUAACACAGAAUUCUUUAAGAACAUAAUAUUACUGCUAUACCUUUGUCCCAUUAUCAUAGAGAGGAGCUUCUGAUGGAAACAGAGAGAGAGAGAGCCCCAGGACCUGAUGAAGGGCAUGGAUUACGGACCAGAGUAUCUAUGCUCACCCAACUGCAUCCAAGACAGCUUUAGUCUCAUAAUCCACCCUGCACACAGAACAAAUCCACGGCAUCAAGCUGAAAUUUAGGCCCAAUGGGGCGGCAGGGUAGCCUAGUGGUUAGAGCAUUGGACUAGCAGCCAAAGUGGUUGCAAGUUCAAAUCCCCGAGCUGACAAGGUACAAAUCUGUCAUUCUGCCCCUGAACAGACAGUUUACCCACUGUUCCUAGGCCAUCAUUGAAAAUAAGAAUUUGUUCUUAACUGACUUGCCUAGUUAAAUAAAAAAUAAAAAUACUGUCAGAGAAAAAUCUACCAUUUUAUCACAGCACACUUUUCAUUUGGACCAUCUUUCCCUUUAAUAUCAGAUUUCUGUGUAAGUCUUCUGGAGACAACCUAGCAUCCUCUUGGGCCCUUACCCUUCUGCACGAUAUUUUAAAGUGUGUGUGAACUAACUGACUGACCCCUCUGUCUUAUGGUUGUUUGCUCAACAGUCUUUUCCUGUGUGUUCAUAACUCCGGCAGUUAUUCUGUGAAGAUAAACAUUCAAAGUGUACAAACACCAUGCAGGCAGAAAAAAAUGCAUUAUUUGUUUUCAGACCUAUGUUUGUGUCGUUAUUGCCUCUGUGAAAGAAAAGGUGUAAUGUCUCACUUGUUUUGUGUUACUGAACCAAAGCUCUCAACAAAUUUUUAUUUUUGUACAAUAUUUUAUAACUUUUUACAGAAUUAAACUUGUUUCUA